GGAGGAGGAGGAUGAGGAGGAGGAGGAGGAGGAGGAGGCCGUUCCGGAUUUUCUCUCUAAUCCAUCCGCAGCUGCAUGUGAUGACGGUUUCGAGUGA